AUGGACCAAAAAAAAGUUUAUAGAGCUUGGUUGUUAUUGUGCUUCACAACAGGUCCAGUUGCAUCAAUGUCAAGAACUUAUGUUCCUGCAGCGAUUCAAUCAGCUGGUAGAAUAGUUGGUAAGACUAAAAAAGGUGGUAAAUGUUCAUCAAGAGGAAAUGAUUGCUUUGUGAAAUUUGGUGCUGGUACGGUUCAUUAUUCGUCUUAUGUGUUGUAUUUGAAAGCAAUUUAUACAGCACUCGAAGGUUUAUUAGCUUUAUUACUUAUGGGACUUGCUGAUUAUUCAAAUUACCGGAAAUGGAUGCUGAUCAUUUCUGUUGCAUUAUAUGGCUGUUUUGCCCUACCCUUUGCUGGGCUAACUGGUGGCACAUACUCUGAUUUAAAAGGAUUAAGUGCCUUAUAUGGUUUGUUGAAUGUUGAUAAUGCAAUUUAUCAAAUCUUGGAAGGGUCAUAUAUACCAUUGUUUAUGAGAGCUGCAGCUCCUAUGGAUGAUAAGAAAUCUGUUCCUGAAGAAGUUCGUCGUGAUAUGGUUUUGAAAAGAGGCUCUACAGUUAGUGUGAUGGGAUUAUUUUUAGGUAAUUGUGGUGGGAUGACUGCCUUGUUGAUUGGUAUCAUAAUCUCAUAUGGAAGAGGUACUCCUAAAGAAGAUGGUUAUCAUAAUUUCUUGUUAGCAAUCACAAUUGCUGGGUGUGUCACUGUGGUUUUUUCAAUAAUUUCUGCAUUCUUUAUACCAAGCACAAAUGGUAAAGUUCUUCCUAAAGAUGAAUUCAUAUUAUUACUAACUUUUAAAAGAAUGCUAUCAUUAAUUAAGCAGAUUCGUCGUUAUCCAAAUGCUUUUAUCCUGUGUAUUGCUUGGGUUAUAUGGAAUGUAAGUUUCAACAAUUUCAUGAGUGUUUGGGUUCUUUUAUUUAGAUCCACACUGGGUAUUGGGAAUUCUGAUAGUGAAUAUGCUGUUUAUACCUGGAUGUCAUAUGUUGUUGCAUCGAUUGGAUCUUUAGCAUGGAUGUUUGCCUACCCAAGAACACCUCUGAAUAUCAAGACAUGGGGUUAUAUUUUCCUCUCCUUUUCAUUGUUUACAAACUUUUGGGGAUGCUUGGGUAUUAACAAUAAUACAAAAGUUGGUUUCAAACAUAGAUGGGAGUUUUGGUUAUUUGAGGUGUUGUAUUCUUCUUCAAGCUCAGCACUAAGAUCAUUAAAUAGAACAGUGUACAGUUCAAUUCUACCAGAAGGUGAAGAAGCUCAAUUUUUUGGAUUAGAAGUCAUGUUGGGUGUCGCAGUGGGCUGGAUUGGUGAUUUGGUUAAUGCAACUAUUCAGGAUAGAACUGGGAAUGAUAGGUUCCCAUUCUUACCAAACUUAUUUCUUGUCUUGAUAUCAAUUGUUUUGUUCAAGUUGUGUGAUACAGAACAAGGCAUGAAAGAUGUUAAUAAAGUCGUUGAAGAAACCACUCUAGAGAAUGUCUCCGAAGUUGAUAAUGCUGAGUGUAAGUGA